UCUGUCAAAGAGACCAAGAGGGGGAGGACUGAGGCUAAGCUGUGUGUGUUUGUGCAUGUGUGUGUGUGUGAGAGAGAGAGACAGAGAGAGGGAGGAGGACGAGAAAGAGGGGGUUGGCUUUAGUGUGAUGUGAAUGGAAUAGAAUCGGCACAAGAGAGAGGGAGCAAGGGAGGAGGACAACACAUCAACCUGCCUCUUGACUAAGCGAUCAAAAGAGGCACACAUAUUGGGAAGUGUGUGUUAUUGUGUGCUGUUUUUUUUACAAAUUUAUUUUGGGACAGAGGAAGAGAGCAGCAGACAGGAGGAACUAAGCGAAGUGGAGGAGGAGGAGGAAGAGGUGAGCGAGCCGGAGCGUGGAGAUAGAUAGCAGAAAAAUGCUGCCAUGGGGAGAAAAGGGGAGGGAGUCGGCAGAGAGGAAGAGGAUGAAACGAGACCGGGUGGAGCGGAGCUGAAAUGUUGGAGGUGCUGAAGAAUCAGUGGAUGCCAUGUUGGGGGUACGGACAGGGACUUGUCUAGGAGGAAGAAGAAUCGGGCCACAGUGAUGGUCCACCUCAGUCUGCAGGAAGCGGCACCUCGCAAAACACCCAGUUGCACACCCGGAUGAGCCUCUGCUGCAUUCUCACCGGUCCGGUCUUAAUUAUUCACAUGUCAGAACUGCCCUGUUUGUGUACAGUUGAGAUCAGUAGUGUUUUGAAGUAGGACUUUAUGUUUUGCUUUCACUGAGUGGAGGUUCUUCUUCCAAGCAUUCCCUUUUCACAUCUGGAUCAUUGGGGGGCAUAUUGUUGGAUUGGAGGUGAUUUCCCAGGCAACAUGCAGUCCGACGACCUAUUCGUCCGCAAGUUUCGGCGCCAGAAUGUGCGGCCACCUGUCGCAGCCGUCAACUUCGAUCCGAAACGAGAGGCGGGAUUGGUGGAGUGGCCACCCAGGAGGGAGGGAGAUGGUUCAGAUGGAGACAACCUGACCCCGAGCCGGGCGGGCCUCACCCUGCGUGCGGUGGGCCGGGGCCACAUCAUGCAGAGGAGUAACAGCGAUGUGACUUUAGGAGAUUUGGACUCUGGUGGAAAGGCUGGAGGGAAAGCUGCUCGGGCAGUUGGUGAGAAGGUGGGCGUGGGAGCUCAGGGGGACUCUGGGGUGCUGCUACACAGGGAAUAUGGCAGUCUAUCUUCGCUGGAGAGACAAACUCAAGUCCAGGAUCCAGGACGUGCAAACCAGGGGCCCCUGAGCCCAAAUGCCCUCCGCUUUAAAGACCCCUUCCUGCUUUUAGGACUCCAAGGCAACCCACCAGAACCUGAUGGCUUCUUUCGAGGCCUGUCUUCUGCCACAAUAGACUCCCCAAAACCGGUAAAGCCGCCCAAGCCUGAAGGUCUUAGUAAGAAGUCCAAACCUGUGCCCCCUCAAAUCCCUCAACCUAGUCCUUAUGAUAACAUCGGGGGGGGUGCGUGGGUGAGGAACUUUGCCCAUUAUGACGUUCAAAGCAUCCUGUUCGACCUCACCGAGGCGGCCACCAACAGAGACAGCAUUGGACGCAAAAAGAAUAUAACCUCAGGGGCCUCCGCUGCCUCCCAGAUGCGGCCCCUCUCCCAGGGGACCCCUUCUUCACCUGCACAGGGUGGAGUGGGCAACGGGGGUGGCACGGAUGACCCCGAGCAGUCGCUGCUACUGGAUGAAGGUGACGGCAACGACAAUGAGCUCCUGCUCAGCUGCCCCCACUUCAGAAAUGAGACGGGCGGAGAGGAACAGGUGGGCCUGGGCCGAUCCCAAGCCAAGCGGGGGAUGUGGUUGAGCCCGCGGACCCCCAACGAUGCAGCCUCGGUCCUGGAGGAGCCCAGAGAAAGUCACAUCCAGCAGCAGGGCAAAAGCAACUACUUUAUAGAACAUGCAGAUCUGGGAGCGCAUUACUAUCGCAAAUAUUUCUACAUGAAAGAACAUCAGAAUUUUUUUGGCAUGGAUGAUCGCCUCGGGCCAGUGGCCAUCAGUUUCCGCAGAGAGGAGAAGGAAGGCACUAGUGGAGCUCAGUACAAUUACAGAAUCAUCUUUCGCACCACAGAGAUGAAGACACUGCGAGGGUCCAUCUUGGAAGAGUCUGUUCCCUCUGCCGCCCGUCACACGACCCCUCGAGGUCUGUCUCCCAAGCGGCUGCUGGAGUUCAUCAUGCCCGAACUCAACCUGCACUGCCUUCGCUUGGCCUCAAACUCCCCCAAGGUCCGCGACACCUUGCUGAAGCUGGAUGAACAGGGGCUAAAUUUUCAGCGAAAGGUCGGCGUCAUGUACUGCCGGGCUGGGCAGAGCUCUGAGGAGGACAUGUACAACAAUGAGAGCUCUGGGCCGGCGUUUGAGGAGUUUUUGGACCUGCUCGGUGAUCGCGUGCGACUGAAGGGCUGGGAGAAAUACCGAGCUCAGCUGGACAACAAGACCGACUCAACGGGGACACAUUCCCUCUACACGCGCUACCAGGACUAUGAGAUUAUGUUCCAUGUGUCCACCAUGCUUCCCUACACCGCCAACAACACUCAACAGUUGCUGAGGAAACGUCACAUCGGAAACGACAUUGUGACCAUUGUGUUCCAGGAGCCAGGCGCCUUGCCCUUCACGCCAAAGUCUAUCCGCUCCCACUUCCAACACGUCUUCAUUAUUGUCCAGGUUCACGAGCCCUGCACAGACAACACCUAUUACAGGGUGGCUGUGACACGCUCUAAAGACAUGCCAUUAUUUGGCCCGCUCUUCCCUAAGGGCGCUCUCUUCCCUCGCUCGCCAGCCUUCAGAGACUUCCUCCUGGCCAAGGCAGUCAACGCUGAGAAUGCUGCAGAAAAAUCGGAGAAGUUCCGCUCCAUGGCCACUCGCACGCGGCAAGAAUACCUGAAGGACUUAGCUGAAAACUAUGUGACUACAACGCCCAUCGACUCCUCCACCAAGUUCCCGCUGCUCUCGCUAGGAGGCAAGCGAAAAGACAAGCUGAAGGGUGCCAAGGGGGCGGAGCUGCACAGUGCCGGGGCGCUGGUAUGGGCCGUGAUGGUCGACGGGGGGGAAGAAGGGGAGGCGGGAGAGCACAAACUGCCCUGUCUGCUGGGGAUCUCAGCUGAGUCGGUGGUGCUCAUCGAGAGGUGCACGCGCAGGGUGGUGUUUAACUGCUCCUGCAGGGACGUCAUCGGCUGGAAGGCGGUGGCCGAAACAAAAGAGGGCGGGCCCUACUUGGAUAUCUUCUAUGAGCGCGGCGAGUCAGUGUACAUCAGCGUGAUGGAGAGCCAGGCUGAGGAUUUAAGAGAGGUGGUUCAGAGGCUGGAGUUGGUUACCCGUGGGUGCGAGGCCCUGGAGGUUACCCCGCUACGUGACGGCGUGGGCCAGCCAGGCUUUCUGAUGAACGAGGAGGGCUUUGUGACGGAGCUGCAGCGGUUCUGCUAUGCUGAGAGCGGCGGCUUGCAGCUUUGGGCUCGUGUGGUGCGCCUGUGCGGCCACUCCCUUGUCCACCUCAGCACGGAGGAGAGGACCAAGCUUCUCCGCACGGCGCACAAGAUCCACAUCACCGUCAUCCCACCAGACGAGAACGGGAAACCCCGCAGGAGCUUCUCUGAGCUGUACCAGAAAGCCAUUAAAGAUGCAGAGUGUAAGCCUGGCGAGGACCAGUCCGGUGAGGCCUGGGUGCUUGAUGACAGGGAGGAAGAGGAGGAACAGGGGGACAAGCUGAUAAAGCGGGGUAGUGUCAUCGAAGCAGACACAGCGAGGGUCCAGGUGGAAGCCGACGGGGCGGAAGAGCAUCAAGGGCGAAGUGAGCGAGGUGACACUGCCUCGCUUUUGGGGUCGCCAAGCCUACCCUUGUUACGGGCCACUUCCCUGCAGGACCGAACCUCCAAUCAGGACCAAGAGAGCUCGCAGCUCACACGUAGCUUCUCUUUAGAGAGGGAUUCAUCCUACAGAGAUUCUUGUGACGGACACAUUGACGACAACGUGGCCUUAAAAGAGGACCGCCACAUCUACGAGAAUGUCGGCGAGUUGAGAGACGCCACACCUGAUCUGAUCUUGGCUGUCAGGCCUAAAUUUGUCCCGCAGGAUGAGCAGUUCAUUGCGGACUUCGGCGAGGACAAAGCUUCAGCGAGCGAAUCCUCUCUCUCCUCCUCAAGGUUGUCAUGUGUGGACCGCGCUGAGAGGAACUCACGGGCCUUAAGUCUUCACAACUCCAUCACCAAGAUCCUCUCAGAGACGACAGAUUCCACCGAAGAAGAGUGGCAGUCCAUCGCUGACCUGGCCACAGCCUGCCGCAGCAUCCUUGAGGCUCUGUCACGCGAGGAUCGUAAAGCUGGAGACCAAUCAGGGGCCGAUCAUACGGAUGGCAAGCUGAACGCAAGGGAGAGUGACUCUCCAGGCCACCUGGAGGAGAAGGUGUCACAGCUGGAGGCCAUGCUGAAGAAGCUGCAGGAUGACCUGCAAAAGGAGAAGGAGGACAAGGCGGCGCUGCAGGCCGAGGUGCAGAGCCUGCGGCAGAACAACCAGCGGCUGCAGGAGGAGUCGCAGAGCACGGUGGCGCGCCUCAUCAAAGUCACCGAGCUACUGUGCAACGUCAACAAGCCCUGUUAAACACGCCACCUCGACUAAAUGCUCCUCCGCCAACAACAAUCAGCAGAAUGAUGUCAUGUGUGUGCUCAGUCCUUGAACACACGUGCGCAUCCUCCAUAAACUGUGACUACUGGACCUGCCUGCUGGUUAAGGUGUAUGCAAAGUAAUGACAUUCCCUUACAAGUGUGUACUUCUGGCUGCUGUUAGUGUGCUAUGCCAGUGUGAUCUCUUUGUGUGUGCGUGCGUAUGUGUGUUAGCAGCAUGUGUGUGCAUCUCUUACUGUACUUUGCUUCAAAUACUUGACAACCUGGGCUGAUCAGCUCUUCCAUUUUAACUUACGACCGAGAGACACCGUAUAGCAUGUUUAUCUGAAAAUUGACCAAAAGUGUACACGUACAGCAUAUAGUAAGUAUCACAUACACUCGUGUGUGUGUGUGUGUGUGUGUACCACUUAAAUGUGAAGAAUUGCGUUACUUUCUAGUGUGGAAAGUCUUAAAAGACACAAUUUAAAAAAUAAAUAAAGGUAAAAGGAGGCAAUUUCCAA